AUUUUUUCGCCUAUCAUUUCCAUGACAAACAACGUUAUUACAAAACCCAUGAAUCUUCGAACCAUAUAUGCCCAAGGAAAGCCAGCUUUGAUUCCCUCUCUAUCUCAGCCUAUCAUUUCAUCCACAACAUCCACAAAAGCUCCACUAAAAAUGGAACUUGUUCAAUCCUCAAAGCACGGUAUGUCAAUCUUGUUCUCACACCACUACUCCUCACUCACAUACUCAGGUACUGAUUUUCUCACAAAACCCAUUUUCCUACGCGGGCUUUCCGGUUCUUUGCACUUGGUUUUGUUAUCUGUGUUGUUUAUCUCAUGGUUGUGCAAGAAAUUUAAGGUGGGGCAUAGUGAAGGUCCAAAAGAGAAGUUUAAGAACAAAGGGGGCUUGUACUGCAAACAGACUGUGAUUUGUUGUUUUGGUGUUUCUGUGUUUAGUCUAGUGUUAAGUUUAUUGAAUUACUUUUAUUGGUAUAGAAAUGGUUGGUCUGAUGAAGGGCUAAUGACCCUUCUGGAUUUAGCACUCAGAACACUUGCUUGGGGUUCAGUAUGUGUGUACUUGCGUACUCAAUUGUUCAAUUCAGCUAAAUCAAAGUAUCCGUUUUUAUUGAGAGUUUGGUGGGGUUUCUACCUCUGUAGUUCUUGUUAUUGCCUUGCCAUAGAUGUUGUUCUUUAUAGGAAACAUGUUAAUUUACCAGUUCAGUAUUCUGUUUCCGAUGUUGUCUCGGUUGUCUCGGGUUUCUUCCUCUGUUAUGUGGGGUAUUUUGGAAAGAAUGAGGAUGAAGAUGCCCUUCUUGAAGAACCUCUUUUGAAUGGCAAUUCUAGUGGUAGUAAUGAAGCAGAGUCAAGCAAGUCUAAGGGGGUUGAUACUGUAACCCCGUUUUCAAGUGCUGGAUUUUUUAGCAACCUUACACUCUCUUGGCUGGGCCCUCUAAUUGCUCUAGGCAACAAGAAGACCUUAGACCUCGAGGAUGUUCCUCAACUUGCUCCCGGUGAUAGUGUAGUUGGGGCCUUCCCCGUUUUUAGAAAUAAGCUUGAGGCAGAGUGUGGUACGGUUAAUAAUGUGACCACAUCGAAGCUAGUGAAGGCAUUACUCUUCUUUGCAUGGAAAGAGAUUCUUUUGACAGCCCUGUAUGUGAUGAUCUACACAUUGGCUUCCUAUGUUGGACCAUAUCUUAUUGACAAUUUUGUUCAAUACCUUAAUGGGCGCCGACAGUACAAGAAUGAGGGAUAUGUGCUGGUUUCCGUGUUUUUUGCUUCAAAACUUGUGGAAUGCAUCGCAAAGAGGCACUGGUUCUUUAGAUUGCAGCUGGUUGGAAUUAGGGUCAGAUCAGUCUUGGCUACAAUGAUCUAUGAUAAAGGUAUGACUCUUUCAUGCCAGUCAAAGCAGGGCCACACUAGUGGGGAAAUCAUCAAUCUCAUGACAGUUGACGCUGAGAGGAUAGGUGACUUUGGCUGGUUUAUGCACGAUCCGUGGAUGGUCCUUGUUCAAGUUGCUGUUGCAUUGUUAAUUUUAUAUAAAAAUCUUGGGCUUGCUUCAAUUGCAGCUUUUGUUGCAACUGUACUUGUUAUGUUGGCAAAUUAUCCAUUGGAGAAAUUCCAAGAGAAGUUUCAGGACAAGAUAAUGGAGUCAAAAGACAAAAGAAUGAAGGCAACGUCUGAGAUUUUAAGGAACAUGAGAAUUCUAAAGCUUCAAGGAUGGGAGAUGAAGUUUCUAUCUAAAAUUGCCAAUCUUAGGGAGACCGAGGCAGGGUGGUUGAAAAGGUAUGUUUACGCUAAUGCUAUGACUACAUUUGUCUUUUGGGCUGCUCCCACAUUUGUGUCUGUGGCCACUUUUGGUGCUUGCAUGCUAAUGGGAAUCCCACUUGAGUCGGGGAAGAUCUUAUCUGCACUUGCAACGUUUAGGAUUCUUCAGGAGCCUAUAUAUAAUCUUCCUGACACAGUUUCAAUGAUUGCUCAAACUAAAGUGUCACUUGAUCGAAUUGUUUCAUUUCUUCGUCUUGAGGACUUGCAGUUUGACAUAAUAAAGAAGCUUCCAAGAGGUAGUUCUAAUACAGCAAUAGAGAUUAUUGACGGAAAUUUCUCUUGGGAUUUAUCUUCCUCUAAUCCUACAUUGAAAGAUAUAAAUUUGAAAGUGCAACAUGGCAUGAGAGUUGCUGUUUGUGGAACUGUUGGUUCAGGCAAGUCAAGUUUGCUUUCUUGUAUCCUUGGAGAAAUACCCAGGAUAGCUGGCACUGUUAAGUUGUGUGGGACAAAGGCCUAUGUUGCUCAGUCACCAUGGAUACAAAGUGGCAAGAUAGAAGAGAACAUAUUGUUUGGUAAGGAGAUGGAAAGAAUGAGGUAUGAAAGGGUCCUUGAAGCAUGUUCCUUGAAGAAGGAUCUAGAAAUUCUCUCGUUUGGGGACCAGACACUAAUAGGUGAGAGAGGAAUCAAUUUGAGUGGUGGACAGAAGCAAAGGAUUCAAAUUGCACGUGCUCUAUACCAAAAUGCUGAUAUCUAUUUGUUUGAUGAUCCUUUUAGUGCUGUUGAUGCUCAUACAGGAUCCCACCUCUUCCGGGAAUGUUUGCUGGGCCUCUUGAGUUCAAAAGUAGUGAUUUAUGUUACUCAUCAAGUAGAGUUCUUACCUGCUGCUGACCUUAUCUUGGUCAUGAAAGAAGGAAAAAUUACUCAAGCUGGAAAGUACAAUGAAAUUCUUAAUUCCGGAACUGAUUUUAUGGAACUUGUGGGAGCACAUAAGAAAGCUUUGUCUGAACUUGAUUCUGCAGAGGCAGGGUCAGUUUCUGAAAGUACAAAUAUGAGCAAGGAUAUCACUGAUGGGGUCGUUGAAAAAAAAGAAAAUGAAGAUGUUCAAAAUGGUAAAACAGAUGAUGUUGUUGGAUCAAAGGGACAGAUUAUCCAAGAGGAAGAGAGAGAGAAAGGUGAAGUUGGGUUUUUAGUCUAUUGGAAAUAUAUUUCUAUGGCAUACAAAGGAGCUCUUGUGCCCUGUGUAUUGCUGGCACAGGUUCUCUAUCAGAUCCUUCAAAUUGGAAGCAAUUAUUGGAUGGCUUGGGCAACUCCAAUCUCACAGGAUGUGAAACCUGCAGUUUCUAGCUCUACUCUUAUAAGUGUUUAUGUCGCUUUGGCCAUUGGAAGUUCAUUUUGCAUCCUUGUGAGAUCCCUGGUACUUUUUACUGCUGGGUUCAAGACAGCCACUAUACUCUUCAAUAAGAUGCACUUAUGCAUUUUCCGUGCCCCCAUGUCCUUCUUUGAUGCCACUCCAAGUGGAAGAAUCCUAAACAGAGCUUCUACAGACCAAAGUGCAGUGGAUUUCAAUAUUCCAUAUCAAGUUGGGGCAUUUGCCUUCGCGAUGAUCCAGCUUCUUGGAAUUAUUGCGGUAAUGUCUCAGGUUGCAUGGCAGGUUCUUAUUGUUUUUAUCCCAGUGAUUGCAACCUGUAUCUGGUAUCAGCAAUAUUACAUGCCUUCAGCACGAGAACUAACAAGAUUAGUUGGCGUGUGCAAAGCUCCUGUGAUACAACAUUUCGCUGAAACAAUUUCAGGCUCAACAACAAUUAGGAGCUUUGAUGAAGAGUCACGAUUUAGGGACAUAAAUUUGAAACUCACAGAUGCAUAUUCUCGGCCAAAGUUCAACGCCGCUGGUGCAAGGGAAUGGUUGUGCUUCCGCUUGGAUAUGAUGUCUUCCAUCACAUUUUUCUUCUCCUUGGUUUUCUUUAUAUUUAUUCCUGAGGGAGUCAUUGAUCCAGGCAUUGCGGGCUUGGCUGUGACAUAUGGACUUAAUUUAAACAUAGCCUGGGUAAUAUGGGUUCUUUGCCAAAUGGAGAACAUAAUUAUAUCAGUAGAGAGAAUACUUCAAUACACUUGUAUCCCAAGUGAACCUCCUCUUGAGAUAGAAGAAAACCGGCCAGAUCAUUCUUGGCCACCAAAUGGAGAAGUGGAUAUUUGUGAUCUGCAGGUAAGGUAUGCCCCACAUAUGCCACUUGUUUUGCGAGGUCUCACAUGUACUUUUCCUGGAGGAAUGAAAACUGGCAUUGUAGGGAGAACGGGCAGUGGUAAAUCAACUCUCAUACAAGCACUUUUCCGGAUUGUUGAACCUGCUGCUGGUCAGAUAAUUAUAGAUGGAAUCAACAUCUCCUUGAUUGGACUGCAUGAUUUGCGAUCUAGACUAAGCAUUAUCCCUCAAGAACCAACAAUGUUUGAAGGGACUAUAAGAAGCAACCUGGAUCCACUCGAUGAGCAUACAGAUGGACAAAUUUGGGAGGCUUUGGAUAAGUGUCAACUUGGGGAUAAAGUUAGGGAGAAAGAAGGAAAACUAGAUUCCACAGUUAGUGAGAACGGAGAGAAUUGGAGUGUGGGUCAGAGGCAGCUGGUCUGCCUUGGCCGUGUGCUACUCAAGAAAAGUAAGGUAUUGGUGCUUGAUGAAGCUACUGCAUCUGUUGAUACUGCUACAGAUAAUCUGAUUCAGCAAACCCUUAGUCAACAUUUUUCCAACUGUACAGUCAUUACCAUUGCACAUCGAAUAACUUCCGUUCUUCAUAGUGACAUGGUUCUGCUACUAAAUAAUGGGCUUAUAGAGGAAUAUGAUUCCCCAAAUAGAUUGCUAGAAAACAAGUCAUCGUCUUUUGCUCAACUUGUAGCAGAGUACACGGUGAGGUCAAGUUCUAGUUUUGGGUAAGUUAAGUGACUAAAGCUUAUUUGGACUUACUUGGACCGUGCUGAACGAUAUUGACAAGAUUUUGUUGAUCUAGCUAGUGGUUUCUGUGUGUUGUAGUCAUAUUGUAUGAACAAAUGGUGUACACUACUAAAUAUCAGAUAAUAAAAAAGAGUGAUAGUAUAGGUUGUAACUUUCAUGUUUGAAGUAAGCUACAUGCUGGACUUGAUUGAUGGCAUUUUAUUCCUCCA